GUAAAUUAUAUCAGUCUAAUGAACAUAUUUUCUGAAAACUCUUCCCAGCUUUAGUUUUGUAGUCAACUCUCAACUCUAAAAGAACAAACGAAAGUAAAGAAAUGAAGUUACACUUAAUCUGAAUAAAUGUUUUGUAGAAAAUAAAAUGUCCAACUCGUUAAGAUGUUUUAUCUCAAAAUUGUAUUGUUAAUAUAGAGAUUUAUUGGUUGCAUAAAACAUUUUCAAGAAAUCGUUACUUGGUAAGCAUUCUUUUCUGUCAUAAUAAUACAGUUGACAUAAAUCUGAAUUAUAAAUUUGGCAUCUAUUUUGCUAUCAAUGACGGACUGCGAGUUAAUAAAUUCUUGUCAAGUUAUUUGUUGAUGUAGUAGUUAUUUGGAGUUGAUCGUCAACUGGACCUGGGAGACCAAACCGUAUCAAUGAUGGAUGACUCUCAGCAAACUCCAAAUAUGUUUCCUCUUAAAGCUCACUACUUCCUAUAUUAUAGUGGUACAGCCGGGAUCCUGCUUUUCUUACCAACAUAUGCAAGACAGCUAGGAUUCUCGACCAUCCACGUGGGCUCCAUUCUGACAGUUCUACCUUUUGUCUCGAUGCUAUCAAAAUUUAUUCUGGGAAGCAUAGCUGAUAGAUUCCAAUGCCACAAGACGCUGCUAACACUGUGUGUAGUACUGGUUGGUGCAACGCUAUAUUCGUUGCAAUUCAUCCCUCCAUCUGAGACUCAUGUCACUGCAGAGCUUCACUGCAAAAAUGGAAGGUUCCAUUCGAAGGUAUGUUCGCCUGAUACGAGGGAGGAUAGAUGUUUGACCUCAAACAUUCAAACAGAAGUGGGAAGCUCUUCGUUGUAUUGUUCUAUCGAGUUUAAAGAGCAAUCCGAUGUGAUAACAGAUCUUUGCAGAUCACUAAAAAAUGAGUCAAAAUAUUGUGAAAACUUGAUAAAUAAUACAUCGACCGUUCAUGAGUACAAGCAUAAAUACGAGUAUGAUUUCCAUAAUGUUGCAGAUAUUAAACCCACAAAACAAGAAUCAUUCAUUUUUAUUGAUUCACUUUUGGUCACUUCAAAUAUAACUGAGGUGGACCAAUGUUUAUUAUUUGAAAUUGACAAAGUUAAAGGUAAAUCGUUGAAUAGCACAUGGCAAGAACCAUUGUGUGAAGGUUUGCAUGACACAAAAUGCUACCUAUUUUGCAACAGUAGCAUACUGAUGAGCACUGGAGAAAUUCAUGAGGCUGGUGCCUUUAAUGUAAAUAAACAGUAUUGGAUGUUAUUAUUCUUACUAAUAACCAGUUAUGUGGGAGUAGGAGGUGUCCCUUGUCUUGCAGACACUAUCUGCUAUUCUUUGUUGGGAAGCUCCAGAUCCGAAUUUGGCAAACUGAGAUUGUGGGGUUCGUUUGGCUGGGGAAUAAUGGCUGUUCUAAGCGGCGCACUGGUGGACCAUUUCAGUGAAGAACAAACCAAAAAAGAUUAUUCACCAAUUUUUUAUGCGAUAAUUUUCUUCUUCGUGUACGAUUUAUUGAUGAUCUCACACAUACAGAAAGUCAAAACAGUAAAAUCAUCGAGAAUGAUGAUGGAUUUUGGAAAAGUUAUAACAAAUCUGAGAGUGAUAACUUUUAUUCUUUGGGUUUCAUCGCUUGGAUUCUUUAUGAGCAUUGCCAAUAGUUUCCUAUUCUGGUAAGUGCUCAUAUCGAUCUCAUAUU